UUCGCGGGUGGGGCGGCUACAAUCUUCAUCGACCACUGCAUUCCGCUCCGCACACGACGAUUCACGAACAGUGUCGCCGAGAGCCGAGGCCCGUGAGACGGACAAAGGAACGAUAUAGGGUCAGCGUUGAGCUGGCGUUGAAUUUACAUUGAAGAAAAAAUGUACAUAGAUCGUAGUGUGUUUAUCGGCCGUGGUUAAAUAAUUUGCAAACUGAAUUAUAUCAUUUUAGUCUAGAUUUAAAAGCCCUCAAAAUGGAUUUGGAGUACGAUCGCAAGUUCGAGGAUAUGAAAAAAUACAUUCCAUUUUUGGAAAGUAUGAUCAAAAGACUGGAGAAUACAAAUUCGUCGUUAAAUCCGAGACAGGCACAGCUCGAUAAGAUCAGGUCUUUAAGAGAUCUGCUUUUGGACAAGAAAAAGAGGAUGAAAAUGGAAAAUUUAUUAAAAUGUGAACAGGUUUUGAUCAAUUUGUACGAAAAGGUUGAACAGAGAGAUUCAUUGCCGAUAUCCAAAAAAGAUGGAAACUCAUCGCAAAAGGAAAAAGCCGAUUUGAAUACGGUUAGAAAUAAGCUUAAAUCAGCUGUGUCAAAAUUGAACAAGGAAAGUGAAACUUUACCAGAAAUUGCAAGGGCCAGUGAGACGGAAGAAGUGUGCGUGCCGGGAAGUAAAGAACCAGCGUUAUUUCAGCGACGACCUAAUAUAUCAUCUACGUCACCUACGCGUCUACUACCUAAUAAAAUUAAAGAAACUUCGCCUCAAAUGCCCAAACGAAAUUAUACGCGGGUUUUACUCUCCCCAGAACCAAACCAAAAGAACUGGUCGCACGAGGAAAAUGCAACAGACAAACCUCUUUUUAGUAGAAGGUCACCAAGAAAGUCGCCACGUCGACGGUCGCCGUCUUAUCACAGAAAAGAACGAAUAAAAUCUUCUAAAGGUAAAACGCAGGACGUCGAAUCUAAAGAUCUUAAUAUUACAUUAAAAGUUCCUGAAGAAAGCUUAGACUCAUUAAACACUAAAGACAUAUUAACAAGAAUAAUAAACUGUAGUGAUAAUGACGUAGAUAUUGAUACAUUGCGUGAGUUACGUUCGCAAAUACUUGGGGAACUAAAAGAUACAGGAGCAAAUGAAGACAUUACUGAUUUAAUACUCAAAUCAUAUAAGAAAAAAAGUAAGAAAGAAAAAAAAAGUGAAGAAAUUGAAGAAGGGGAGUUGUCUGACAGUGAGAGUGAGGCGAUUGACAGUAUAUACGGCAGCUUAGUUAUAAAGGAUAAAGAAAAAAUAUGUAUAAAUGCUUCUAAUAAAAUACCUAAUGAAAAGAAUCAACGUAAAAUAAAAAUAUGUCUCGUGAUUAAUUCUGAUAAAACUAAAUCUACAAUAACAAAAGAAAAACAAGAAAAAACACUGUCGAUUGAUAAGUCUGAUUUUGAAAGUUUUGUUGACGAAAAAACAAACAGUGAAAAAAAUGAAAAAUAUGAUACUUGCGAUGAUUUUGUAAAAAAUGACGUGCUUGAAGAAAAUAAACAAAAUACCGGUUCUGGUCAAAACAUUCCCGUCGAAGUUAAUGAUCUAAAGUUUGAAAAAAAUGCUGACGAGGGAAACAAAGAAAGUGCAACCUGUCAAAAGAGUGAGAAAAUAGAGACGACAGAAAUGGAAGUUCAAAAAGGAAAAGAUGUUACAGAAUUAAAAGAAAUUGAAAAACCUAUAUUUUAUAAGCCACUCGUAGAAGAAAUUAAGAGAAAAACCAACGAUGAUCAGACCAGUAAAAGUCAAACUCAUUUGUUUGAAGAACCGAAUAAGGAUACCUCACAAGACUCAUAUAAGUCGACUGAAAAUUCAAAUGUUGAAAUACCGUUGCUUGAACCAACAAAAAAAGUAUCAGAAAUCGAUAUUCUUCAAGCUUUGAAAAAAGAAAUCUUAAGUGAAACUAAUAAUGUUCUGAGUUCAGAUGCCGUAACGCCUCCACUCCAUCAACCCAAAAUAACGAAAGUAAUUAAUGCUCACGAAAUUGGAUCUAAGAAAAGAAUAUCAAUCGAAAACUAUAAAGCUAAAUCAAAUGCCCCAUCAAAAAAUACAGUUGGUAAUGAAACAUCUAGUGGCAUAAAUAAAGAUGAUGUUAGUAAAAAAAAUAGUUUGAAGUUAACGGAAAAGGAAUGUGAACGAUUUAAUUUUUCAUCGAAAUUAAAAUUUGAUGAAAGUUCUGACGAUGAGGAUGACAAUAUAUACGAUGAUAAGCUAUACGAUGAUAACUUAGCUCCUAAAUCACCGGAUCAUGAAGAUUUCGCAGAUACGGGUAUUAAACCACCGGUAAUUAUUCCAAGUGACCCUGUUCAGACAAUUGUUAAUUCAGAUAUUGAUAUAGAUAUGAGAAGUUUCUCUAAUGUGAAUAAUGACGUUAAUAGUGCGUUUACGUUUGCAAAAGAAAAUUCUUUCAAAUCUAUUAUUACUGAGAAGGAUUUAAAAAAAGAGAAAACAUCAAUGCCAUUAAUUGAUCCGAGAAAGAAGAAUGACGUAAAUACUAUGGCUACGUCAGAAAGCCCAAAUCCGUAUAUGAUAAAUGUUGACAAAACUCCAAGGUCAGCUGUAAAUUACGUGAAUUCAGCUGCAAGAAUCAAUUUACAUCAAAACGUUACUUCUAAUACACCACCAACUUUAAAUGUUAAUGUAACUACAAACAGAAGCUUAAUGUCGCCAGAUAUGUCUUGUGCGACAUCAAUUAUAACACCCAAUAUGGCUCCUUCUUUACCUCCGAAUCUGACUCCAAUAAGAUUACCCAAUGUAAGUAAUGUCCCAAAUAUGACUCCUAACGCCAGAUCUUACGAUAACGAUGAUUUCAUGAAGCAAAAACAUGUUUACGCACCAAUGUUUCCUAUUGAUAUACGGGAUCUUGGUGAAAAACAAUGGGAUGGUUCAGACAGUAAUCGAUUACCAAUAAGGGAAGAUCCAAGAAAUAGCUCGACACAAAGAGAUAUAGAUUAUAGAGAUGCUAGAAACAUAUCAGUAAAAAGAGACUCAGAUGUUAGAGGGACACAAAGAGAUGUUGAAUAUAAUCCUAUGUAUGAAUCAUAUCAGAAAAGUCCCAUGAAUGACAGAUUUACCUUCGAAAAAACAGAUCCAAGCUAUAGGAUGGAUUGUCCUACAACACCAAUUCACCCAUUUGGGAGAUUAGAUUGUCCAGCAACACCUACUCCGACUUUUGGAAGGAUGGAUGUGCCUAUGACGCCUGUUCAUCCUUUCGGCAGGUCAGAAUGUCCGACGACUCCUAAUCAUCCUUUUGGAAGACUAGAAUGUCCGGCGACUCCUAAUCACCCUUUCGGUAGGCUAGAAUGUCCGACGACUCCUAAUCAUCCUUUCGGUAGGCUAGAAUGUCCGUCGACUCCUAAUCAUCCUUUUGGCAGACCAGAUAUUCCGUCAACUCCUAAUCAUCCUUUUGGCAGAUCGGAAUCGUUACUUCCCACGCCAUUUAUGAGACCGGAUUUUAAUCAGCAUGUUCCAAGCCAAUCAUUUGCGAAAUCUAUUGAUCCAAGGUUAAAUAGAAAUUCAGAUUAUGAAAAUUACCACAACCGGGACGAUGAUAGAGAUCGAGGUUAUUUUCAAGAACACAAGUUCAAUUCAUAUAAGUCAGACAACAGUAAUAGAAAUAAUAAUCCUGAAUCGUUUAGAAGAUACCAAAGAGAACAAAGUAUAGGGAGAAAUGAGAGAAAUAAAAACUUCGAUAAUAGUGGACGUAGUUACAGGAAACAACGCCGAGAAACAAGUGCUGGGCGGUACAAUAGAGAUUAUGACAAUGAUAAAUUGUAUACAAAAAACCGUGGAUCAAGUAAUAGAAAUCAUGAUUAUCGAUAUCAAAAUGAAUAUAGAAAUUGUGAUGAAAUCGACAAACGUAAUUAUUAUCGCGAAAAAAAUAUAUGUCGAAAUUCACGCUCAUCGACAAAAGAAUCUAGUGUGGGUAAAACUUUCUCCAAAGAUAAUCAGUUAUCAGUUCAACGUCAUACCGGCCAUUCCUUUAUCAUUGACACCAGUAUAAAUACCACAUUUCAAGAUAACAGGCAUAAGAAUAGUUUUGACGCUCGAAGACAACGUGCAGCAAGCGUCGGUCGAACUUUAAGCCGAGGCUCUAGUCCACAUAAGGGUAAAAUCCCUGAUUCAAAACAAAUGUUGAAUAACUUUAAAAAUAAAAAUAAAUUUUCUCGUGCUUGUAGUGUUGGAAGAGAAAUAAUAGAAAGUCAGCUUGAUUUUAAAGACAUUAAAGCUGACUUAAAAUCUUUCAAACUAAAAAAUGAAUCACGAUGGAAUAAGGAAGAAAGAAAUAUGGAAGAUAGUAGUAAACUAAACAAAUAUUAUGAUUCUCGUAGCCGAAAAGAAGAACAGAAAAGUUUUACUAAUCUGGGUAACGUAAAAUAUUCGCCAAGGAAAAACAAUAGAGAUCCCAGGAUGCAACGUGAAAAUUCAUACGAAAGAAAAAGUAAUUAUAGAGACGAUGAUAGAAGCAAAUCAAGAGAUUCUAAAAGUUCGGGCAUAGUGUAUUCCAAUGAUAAUAUUACAAAAGGAACUAUUUUAGGACCAGGUUAUGGCGUUAAAAAUUAUAAAAUACCAAAAAUAAAACGACCCCAGGAAACAGAGGUAAAGGAAGAAGGUACCGAAAAUAAAUCAAAGGACAUUGCGACUUUAGCGGUAGAAAAUAAAAAGUCAGAAACCAAAAAAGGUUCAGAUAAAUAUAUGACUGAUAAAAAGGAAAGUAAUGUAACAAAUGAUAAAGCACUUUAUUUUAAAAAUAAUAGCAAAAAAAGUAAAGAAGAGGCGACAAAUAACCUGAGUAAAUGUGAAGAAAUUAAGUUUGAUCUAGAAAAUACUCUUUCUUCUGAAAGUGUAAAAGAAACAACGACAAAAAAUAAGACUAAAGAUAUGCAAUCCAUUAUUAAUAUAAACAGUGAUUCGCAAGAACUUACUUGUAAUAACUAUAAAAAGCAAGAAAUAGUAACGCAAAAUAAUCAUGUUGAUGUGGCAAAUAAUUCAGUUGAUAAUGUGGAGAAAAGAAUAACAAGAUCCGCUAGUAAAAGCUUGUCAUUAGAUUCUUCUAUAGAGAUUUCGCCUAUAAAACGUCCAAAAAGAGGUAAAAAACCGUUAGUUUACGAAUCAGAUUCUGAUGAUAAUGACAAAAAAGAAAACAAUGCAUCCUCUAAAAAUGUCGAGUCUCAAGAAGAAACAACUAAGAAAACAACAGACAUAAUUGACGGAAGCGAUGUAAAUGAUAACAAAGAAGAUAAUACUCAAACAGUUUUCGACGAUUCAUUUAUGAAAUCCAAUGUUAAGAAAGCAUGCAGUAGCUUAGAUACUGGCUUUGUGAUCGACGACCUUGAAAUUUUUUCAGAUAAUAUCGUAACAGAUCCUGUUAUUGAUAAUAUAAACGCUUUGAUAGCAGAUUUGGAUCAAGAUCUAGACUCUUCUAAAACUACAACUAAAAAUAAUUUUUCUAGAGAAUUAACUCUUGAAACAAUGCUUGAAAAUAUAACAAGUCCGGAAGAAAAUGAAACAACAAACGCAAUGAAUGAGGAAUUUUCCGAAAAUCUUAAAACUGAACUAGAAGAAAGGGUAGAUAAUAACUCAGAAGCUGAUAAUGCAAAGAUUGGAGCAAACUCUAAACUCGACAUAAUAAAGACGAAAAACACUAACGAUUUACAGACUGUAAAUGAUUCUAAGCCUGUCAAAACUCAGUCCUGUGAAAAUAAGGAAACCGUUGAAAGCGAGAGAAUAGAAAGUGAAAAAGAAAAAAGUCCAGAGUUAGUAUUAAACCAUAGCGAUGAAGCAAUUGUAUCUACUUCUGGAGAUGAAGACAAACUAAGUGUAGAUCCAGAGUUACAAAUAUCAAAAAACCUUAAUAUUGAAGGUAAACCAGAUAGUACAAUAAAUAUCAAUUCGUCAAUAGACAGCGUUGAGUCUCAGAGGAAUUUACCUGAUAGCACGAAUGAAAUAAACAGCGAGACGAAUUCUGUUAUAAGCUCUACACAUAAUGCUCCUGAUACAACAAAUAAUAAAAAUAUUACUAAACCAAAAGAGGUACUUAAGAAAAUUAAAGAGCUAAUUGGUUUAUUAGGAGAUCAUGAUAAAAUAAAAAAGAAGUUAGAGAAACUAAGUGAGAUCGUUUCCGACGACGAAGAAAAUGUACUUGAAGAAAAGAAAACAGAUUCGAGUGAAUGGCAAUUUGAUAAAAGUGAUAAUCCACCUCCAGUUUUACAGCAAGAGCAAAAUAAAGAAGUUUUUAAUAAAGAUAACCUAUCUGAUAAUAGUCUGGAACUUUUCAAACAAAGUGGAGAGGAGGAGAAAGAAGGUGAUUCUUCUAUGAGAGAAAGUAAUGAUGACGAAAUGAUAUCCGUACCUGGUGACGAAGUCACUAUAAAAGAGAGGGAAAACGAAAUGUCUAUUGAAUCUUCACUACAAGAAGAUAAAACUGAUAAUCAAGUUGAUGAAGUAAUAACUUUGGAAGAAACGCGAGUAACCGCUAAAAAAAAGAAAAAUGCUGCGCAGAAAAAAGGCAAAAGAAAGACGUUAACCAAAGUUUUGCCUGUUGAUGAAAGACGUUUGACCCGAUCAGAUGCUGCCAAUUUGCGUUUUGAUAAAUCGGUUGUAAAAAAACCUUCUAGAGAAUUACAAAAAUUACAGGACGAUAUUAGGGAAAUGUUUAUAAGGGAUGACGUUCUUAGCGCUACAGGAAUAAGAAUGUGUCGUAUAGCGAAAUUAGUUAACGAGGUGAAAGGUCAGAAAGAAGAACAAAGUAAUGAAAUCAGCAACCAGGAACCUGUGGUUGUUCUUGAAAAAUGUAAUGAUGUUAACAUAUCUGAAGAUAGUUCUAUGUCCGACAAAUUAAAUAAGAAAAAAACGGUAAAAGGAAAAAAGAAGCUUUUAGACUUCGAUAAUAUCGAAUCUGUUGAAUCAAAUAAAAUUCCCAUGAGUAAAAGUUUAUUUGUGAAAUUAGACAGCAGCUCGGUUACGAACAUCAAAACAAAAGUAAAAGAUAAAAAUGAUGACGCUGAUCCAUAUAUUUUUGAAACGGAUUCUGUAAACGAAUUAAAUAAUACUAGUGACAAAAAAGAAAAUAAAAGUUCUGAAUCGGAAAAUGAGUCUGUAAAUUCAUUCCGGAGCUGUGGAAGUACGGAUGUCCUAGCCGAAGUUAAGAAAAAAGUAAAACGAAAACGAAUACGUAAAGGAUGGAAAGAAGGUGUAAUAAAACCAAAGAAUAGGAAAAAAAAGAUAGAACGUAAACCUGGUUUAAUGUCGUCGAAUGAUGAUUCUAAUGAAAGAAAAAAAGAUGUUGAAAUUCCAGAUCUUGAUUGUUAUACUGAUAAAAGUUAUUGCUUUAAGAAAAAUCAUCCAACAUAUGACUGUCGAUUAUGCUUUUAUAAUGGAGAGGAUAUAGUAGUACACUAUAAGAAACAACAUCCACACUCGGAAAUACCACUGUCAAGAUUAAGUGAAUCUGUAGCAAUGGAGGCUAUAGAAGAGUCCGAAAAAAUUAACUUUCAAGCGAUGUGUAAAGUAUCUUCUAAGAAAUAUACUUGCAGAUUUUGUUUUAAAGAAUUCGGUAGACAGAAACCAGUUUUAGAACUAUUCUUUUGGCACGUUGUCAGCUACCAUACUGGUGAAUAUAAACAGCUUUGUGCUGAGUGCUUAAAUGUUACUCGAUGUCCUUUUAAAUUAGAUAUUCCUCCCCCUCCAAAAGAUAGUAAAGGACAAUUACUCGGUUAUGUUUGUGAGAAAUGUAACUUUACUCAAGUUUCUUUCGAAAAUCUGAAAACACAUGUUAUCCAACGACAUAAUGAUGAACAUACUGCCGUCUAUACAAUUAAUUUAUCAGUGCCUACGAAAAAUAUUGUAAAGAGUUUCUUAAUUGAAGAUAAGGAUAUUCAUAAUGCAAAUACCGAAAAUCUAUUGCCUCGUGUAUUAAGAAGUUCCCGAUCAAAUCAAAGUUUCGGAGAUAGUAGCGAUGUUAAAAGCGACACAACAGAUGAAAGUUUCCGAAAUCGCAAAACACGACAAAAUAUGCCUAUAGAAAAUGAAAUUAUAUCUAAAGUUGCAAAAUCGAGUAGCAUUCAGUCAAAACUUAUAUUCGAAAACGAUAACACCGAUGAUAUAUCCAACUUUGAUGAUAAUGAAAUUUCUAAAGUCAAAACUGAAUCCGAAACGAAUGAUAACCAGGAUAAUUUAUAUAUUGAUAGUUCACGAUUUGAAUCAGAUCACCAAGCAGAAGAAUUUGAGACACCUUCAAGUUCUAAGAAAAUGGAUGACCUUAAUAUUAUAAAUGAUAUUUGUACUUAUCCACACUUUAAAGUUAAAUUCUCUGAAUCUGGAUCUAAAGAAUACAUCUGCUGUAUUAAUGGAAAUAAUCUACACUACCGAACUACACUUCUAAUUUCCUUUAAAAAACAUGUACAGUUAAAACAUUCAGAAAAAUGGGAUGGUUAUUGCUAUAUUUGUAAAGUCAUUGUUACACCACAAGGAGUACAUUCAUUUAAAGACUGCUUACAACACUUUUUGGAAAAACAUAUUGAUAGUUUUCCAGUUUUAGAAGAAACGUCUGAACAAUUAUUAUUUAAUAAUAAACCUGAUGCUUCAGAUAAAUCGAUUUGUGACAAUAUAGGAGCAAAAUCUUAUAUUAAUGUGCGUCCAUUGGCAGAGCUUAUUUCACAGUCUAGUACUUCUCGUAUAGCUAAUGAAAGUGCUUUGCCAUUGCCAGUGAUUGAAAGUGUCGUAAGUCUGGGCACCGGAAUUGAACAAUCCCAGCCUAGUCCAUCUUACCCGAUUACUGACAGCAUAGAGGUCGUAAAACAGUACAGACAUGAGGAAGCUCAGGCUGCAGUAAUGUCACGAAAGCACCGCGUCGUUCUGGAAGCGAUGUUGUCCAAGAUUAAAUUAGUACAAGUGUUUAAAUGUUCGGGCCGCUUUUGCUCCUUUACAACAGAUAGUGCUGAAGAUGCACUACUUCACGCAUCUACACAUAAUCGAGUUGGUGGAGAAGAUUCUCUUAAAUGUGUUUAUUGUGAUUUUGAUUCUUCUAAUAAUGCAAUCGAUUUGAUAACACACGUAUUCAAGAGUCAUGGCUGCUGUCAAUAUGUGUGUGGAAUGUGUUUCUACCGUGGGGCUGCAAGUCAACUUGUGAACGCCCAUAUUAAGAGAGUCCACUCGACAGCUAAUUCAGUUACAAUUUUUUAUACAGCAUUACAAACAGCAUCAAUAAACGAGGACAACAUUUUGUCACGAGAAGCUGCGGUUCCGUAUUAUCUUUGUUGUGCUAGUAGUGGCUCUGACGCUCCUUGUAAGUUUAGAACGUAUACUCCAGGGAAAUUUUGUGAACACUUACAGAUAAAACACUCGGAUGCUACAGAACAUUCGUGCUUUAUGUGCUCAACUACCUUAACAACACCCGCUGACUUGAUUCGGCAUCUUAAAACUCACGGUUUAAAAUUAUAUCAGUGUACAUGGUGUGUGUUUGGAGCUGAUAACGAAACAGAAUUGCUUGAACAUGCAUCGGCGUAUCAUCCUGAUAAACAACCAAAAGCUUACUUAAGAAUAAUUACAAAUAAGGAAGGUACGACGGAAUAUAGAGUUUUGCCUUUGGCGCACUUAAAUAAAUCGGAAAUUCCAGCUGUUGAAGUUAAGUCAAGUAGUGUCAAAGAAAAUCCCGUUAGAGAAGCAGAGCGAUCUAUUGAUCUAGAAAAGCUAAUCGGUCAAACAACUCGCAUGAUUGAAUCGGUACCAUACGUAUCGGAAAAAGAAACUACUGAUAAAGCCUUAACUGAGACGGGUAAAGACCCAAGUGCAUGUGAACCGCUCUUAAAAAGUGUGAAUAUUUUGGACGAUCAUCCCAAAAGAAUUACUAUACAACAUGAAGCAAAGAGUGGGGAUAUUCCCGAAAAUAAGUUACCACCGAAUAUAAAAACUGAAACGGAAAUGACCCCAGAAAAGCUUCAUACUGAUGUUGUGUAUUGCUUGGACAGUGAUGAAGAAGAGUACAGUAAGAAUGUAAAUAAUGUAACCACUGUUCAAUCUUCAUCUAAUACGCAAGUUAAAGCUCAAGCGCCAAAAAUCUUACCUCCAACGCAAUUAUUUUUGUGUUCGAAAUGUGGCUUGACAUUGAAAUGUGGCUCUGGCUUUAAAAAGCAUAUAACGGCCUGUUUCAUUCAAAUAUCAGGUCCUAUUCCAUGCGCUCAUUGUUCAGCGAAAGUAAACAGAAAGUAUAUUUUAAACCACUACACAAAAACACACUCAGAAUGUGCUCGACAAUAUGCUUGUCCUAAAUGCCCGAGCAAGUUUUUUACUACUCUCGCGCAAGUCAGAGAGCAUGAACGAAACUAUCAUUCAUUAAAUACAAACAAUUAUUUAAAUGUAGAUGAAGCUUCUAUAGCAUCUUAUAGUAAAUCGGGAAGCAAUAAACGAAAACGUCCGCUAGUAAACAAAGAAAAAGCUGGAGAACCGCUCCAUAAAGUUAAAAAGUUUGGACCACAUGACGUGAGCUUGUUGCCAAUUAAUCCGAUUUUAGAUGAUUAUGUGUUCUGUUCUCUUUGUGAGUUUAGCACGAAAGUUCGACUUAAUAUGGUAAGACAUUUACAACUUCACGCUGAACAACAAAUCGUACCUCAAACUGCGCCAGUAAACCCGGUCCCACAUUUAGAAACUAACGAAAAACAUUUCGAUAAGAUGCUUAAUCUUGCGUCAAGUUCGAUAGUAUCUAGAAUGCCGGAAAAGAAUAAAGUUGAUAGCAAUACCACAAUAACCCUCAUGAUACCUCCAGAGGCAGUUUCUCGCUAUCCAAAAUUCGUUCCCGAAAGACAUCGUCAUACAUGCGGUGCGAAAGGUUGUACCUAUAUAUCGGUCGAUGAAUCUAUGUUAAAAUGUCAUUGGGAGACAUUGCAUUCUGGCACAAGUGACUAUCAUUGCGUUCACUGUCCACCGCAUCAGCAAUUGGAUACAUCUAAGCCAUUGACUGCUGAUCGAAUUAUCGGUCAUUUGAAAAUGCAUGAUUCUUCAUUAUACGCCUGUUCUUUGUGUUCAUAUUAUCACUAUAAACGCCAUAUUGUCGAAAAUCAUUUGUCUGAUGUUCAUAAAGGUGGGCAAGUAAUGGUGGUGCGAGAAGAAGGUAACGUGAUACCAGUAAAUCCAACCCCGGCUCAGAUAUCUGCUCCAACAAUGGAUUUGAAACCAUGGCUUUGUGGUCUUUGUAAUUUUAAAAGUUUGUUACGCCCGGAAGUUGUUGAUCAUUGUGCCAAAAUACAUAAUUCUAAAAUGCAGUAUAAAUGUGCCUAUUGCGCAUUCAGGACUUCCAACUCCGAGAACGUCACAAAACACCAGAGUAAAUCACAUUCAGAUAAAAAAGAAGAAAUUUUCUAUUAUUAUUAUCGAGAAGAUUCCGUACCUCAAAACCCAGACGGUAUACCAUUAUGGCAAAAACAAAGUCAGAAAUGUGAUGUAGGUUCUGCACCUAGAAUUAAAUCUGAGGAGCCAAGUGAAGUAUCUCCAACACCACAAGUUUGUCUUCCAUUAUCUAAAAUUCCAAUUCCAGAGGUGGAUCUAAAUUUGGUCAAGAAAGAAGUGAAUGAAACUGUGGAAGAAACGAUUGAGGAUUUGUGUAAACAUUUUGGUACAUUUUGUGAGCCAAACGGACUUAAAUACAAGUGCACUUUUUGCAAAAACGUCGUAGAAGAUGAUUACGACGCAAUGCAGUCGCAUCUUUAUGAAGAACUACAAUAUAGAAAGUGGGGUUGCAGUAUAUGCUCAUAUAAAGCAUUUCAUAAGGCAGGAUUGAGUGGCCACAUGCAGACUGAACACAGACAAAACAAAGAACCAAUUGCCUUGGAGAUAGACAACAGGGUUGAGACAUGGGUGACUAAACUUCUAGAAUAUCAAACCGAGAUUAUAGAGAAGAAUAAAGAAAACCUUGCGAUACAUAAGGAAGAGUUGUUAAGGUCUGCUCCGGGGCCAUCGAGACCAAAGUCUCCUAUUCGUAAAACAGAAACUAGUCAUCAGUCAUCAUUAUCCAUGGCUGAAUUGGAACGUUUAUUUGGAUCGCUAGGUAUUUCGGUAAAUAUGUUGUUUUGCUGCCCUAAAUGUCAAUCUACGUUUAAGGAUGAAGACUCUAUGAAAAACCAUUUGGAAAAUGAGUUAAAUAAAAUAAGGUGGUUCUGCAGCAAUUGCUCAAUAACAUUCCAAACUUACCACGAAGCACAGUUUCACUGCAGGAGCGUGCAUAUAGGACAGUCUGCGCGGCCGCUUGAAGCGACUAGAGAUAUAUCCAUCCGAUCGGCUUGGAUCGAAGCAGUUAUCCGCGUACAAAAACUCAGCAUGAACUAUGUGCCUCUAUCUGCAAAAAAUAUUGACAAAUGCCACAUGGAAACGGAAGCAAGUAAUGUGCCAGAUAAUUCUUUAUUAGUCGUGCGGUACGAAGAAAGAGUUGCCACACCAGAAGAACAAAUGGCACGUGCAACACCAACUCAGAUAAUUUCAAGUCAGGAUAGUGACGAUGAUAAAUUAGUCAUCGAUGAACCAGGAGAAAGCCGAAAAGCCAGAGCGUCUAAAGAUUGUCCUCAUUGUAGUUAUAGCACAAUCAAUGGUGGAAUACUAAACGGUCAUAUAUUACGUCAUUAUAAUUUAAGACCUUUUAUGUGUGCCUAUUGUAAUCUUACUGGAAACAAAAAGGUUAUAUUAGAACAUCAAAAAUUUGCACAUGAAAAUCUACCGUUGAAGUAUCGGUCCACUCCUAUUCCUGCAGAAUCACCAGAAGAGUUUUUAAAAAAAUCGUCAGUCAAUGUGAUUGAUACAACCAAAUUAAUAUGCUUGGUAUGUCGAUAUUCUUUCACAGAGGCCGAGAGAGCGACGCACGUUCACGAUAAAACAUUAACGACUUUCGGCAAGAAAGGGGAAGUUGUAGUCAAGUGUAGCCUUUGUUUUACGUUACACAAGGAUAUCAAUGCAUAUAAGAGUCACCAUAAGAGUUUUCAUGGGUCUGUAAGCGUCAAUUACGUGUUUAGCAAACUGACCGUAAAUGACGCUAAGAAAAUGGUAUAUGCUUGUAGUACUUGCGAACAGGAGUUUAAUUAUUUGAGAGAUUUGAAAAUUCACGCUAAUGCUAAUCACGGCUCUAAUCUUAAGUAUACAAUAGUUUCGAAGUCUCAAGAAAUAGUUCGUUCCAAUGACGAAGUUAUCAAUGUAGACGACGAGGAAGAUAAUGGAAGGAAAAAGAAAUGCGACGACUUCUCAGAUGUUCAGUCAACCAAACAUAAAAGAGUAGCAAGGAAAUCGACUACAAAGCUACCAUUUAAUAAGCCAGUUGCAAGAAAAUCGACAACAAAAUUGCCUUUCGAAGUUCAAAGUGAGCACGAGGAAUUUUCGUACUACGGUACGAGACCCUCUGUUGACGAUCUUGACGGCGUGACGACAAUGAUGUCUUUUUGUAACACGAUGGUGCCAUUUACGUUGAAAAAAUUAAGUGAAGUUAUAAACAUUAAUCCAGUUGUGAUGGUUGAGAAACUGAACGAACCUUGAGUGUUGCUAAUGACGUUGAUUCGUAUGGAUACUCAGUAAGAAGGUUGUUCUCUGUAAAAAAUGUAGCCAUAUUGUCAUGGCAGUAAAUCUGUGAUUUUUAUCGCUCUGUAUAAUUAUAGUUGAUUAAGAAUGUAAGUUAAAGAUAGUUCAUUUUCCAAUCUUAACCCAGGCGAAUAAAGCAUUUGUAUUUUUGUUAGUAGGUAGUAACUAGAAACAUGCAUACAACGUGUUAUUAAACUAGCGUCCUUCCAUUUAACUGUGAUAUCAGAAUCGGUAUUCAAACUUAGAUAUGCAAAUAACUUGCCAUAAUGCUAAUGAGAUUAAAUAUUAAAUAAUUAUUAUUUAUAAAAUUACCGUCGUGUUUAAGUCAGCGUGUUAAUGACCGAGUCACCGGAGUUUUAUAACAUUUUUUUUCAAAUUUGUCGAUUUCAACUUACGUGGUAGUAAGCGGCACUUACAAUUGCUUAAUAUUUUUACGUAUAAUUUCAGCUAUGGUAUGCUUUCAUCUGUCUAUAUGGACUUAAAUGGAAGGACGCCAGUUUAAUAACAAGUAUAUAUUUAGCAUGUCUUUAUGGAAACUCGUUGAUAUUUUAAUUACAAUUUAAGAACAAGAAGUGUACUGUUAUAGUCUUUGUUUUCUGGAACUAAGAUUCAGUUUACAGUUGCAUACAUAAUCUUUAUUAAGAUUUAAUUGUAAAUGACCCAAAUUGAUGUCACUCACUUAAUAAAUAUAUACAUAAUUUCUAUAUAUCGAUGUUAUUUUAUAAUUUUAAGUGUCGUAAUAUAUGAAUCCUCACUAA